AUGCGGAUCUGGACACUCAAUGUCCCUGUGCCUGUCGACCUGCCUUGGCGGCCACAGGGCUACCCAACACGCUGGCUUCGUGAAUUGAUGUGCCGUUUACACCACAUUGACGACCCCGGUGAGUUCCGGUCUACUCUCUCCUCACCCGGCGGGACUGUGCAGCACGUUCUCUUCGUGCCGAUUGUGCCCACCACACAUCCUACUGCUAGAUUCUGGCUGCUGCACUGGGGAGAUGCGGCUGUGGUUACUUUUGGGCAUACCCCUUUCCAUUGGGAUGUUGUCUCCGCUCAUAUCCGGGCCCUGUUCCCAGGGGGACCUUUGCCAGACCGUUGCCCAGCUCUUUCCUUUGCAGGCCAGUUUUAUCCGCCUGGAGCUCCCUUGCCUGACUUCCCGUCUGGAGCUGUCAUUCAGAUCAUCAUCGGCGCCCUAGCACGAAUACCGGGAGAUGAUGAUCCCUGGAACCCUGACCCGCUAGUCAUUGAUAGCCCCUUCUUCCGACAUGUCCCCAGUCGUGGCCCUGCACUGGAACCGGCCAUCCGGCUUGAUGGGAGUGGCAAUCAACUUGCUGCUGGCGUCUUGCAAACUCCCCUGGUUGAUCAAGGUGUUCAGACUGAUCUCUCAGGUAACGGCACUGGUCUCGACCACGCUACUGUUUCACGGGUUCAUCUGCUGUCCCGUGAACUCUCUUUCCAUACGUCACGACUCUGGGCUGGGCUUGCCGAGCCUGACGCUGAGCCCGUUGGAGACUCCCCCUCCGUUCUGAGGCUUUCCUCCCAGAGCGCUUGCGCUGCUGCCUCGGCCCCGCAUGUCGAUCUGCUUGAUAUCGGAGGUACUUCUGGCAGCCACAAGCUGGCUCUUCCGUCCUCUGUUAGUUGGGUCUUAGUCGGGGCACUUCUUGGUUUUAGGGGGGUUGCGUCCGGGAGCUUUCUUGCUCUUGCAACUGUCAGCGAUGGCUCCAUUAUUUUCCCCCCGCCGGAUUGUUCGGACGAGGAGCAGUCAGAUGGAGAAGGUCCCCCUCCUGUCCAAGCUGAGAACAUGUCUGCCGCUUCUGCUGCACCAGUCCCUUUCACCAUUCCAGCUGGACCUCCUCCACCGGAGCCGGUGAAUGCCCCCUUUCAACCUCGUUUGCGUUAUCUUCGUGCGGCCCGCCCUCUUGAGGAUUAUGCUCUCGGACUUUGGCCCUCCACUCUCGAUCGGGAGCCGGCUGCCGAUGAGGACGUUGUUCGACGGGUCCAAGCCGAUUUGCUUGGACUCCAACGCGGCCUACGCACAUUUGCCGCUGCCAUCCCACUGGGCACGCCCUUUUGUAUCCACAACCCCUUCACUGCCCGCCAGCAAUGUGACAUUGUGGAAUACUCUGCUGGGCCUGAGCUUAAUCCCUUUGUCCUGUUUCAAGGACAUGCACGCAGCCGUGGUUGGGCCGGGAUGGUCUUGCUCAUGCCGCAGCCCGAUGCCACAGCUGUGCACCUAAUUGGCUGCCCCCAGGCGCCGGGCAAUGUCGCGGUGGGUGUCGUCAUUGACGGACGCCUCCUUCCAUGCUGCCUUCCUGCGUGUGUCGCCUGUGCGGCGCUCCAGGCGCUUCAUCUUGACGGCCAGGAAUAUGAUCUCCGACCUCCGGAUGUUCACGAAGAAACCGCUGUUGUCCAAUUUCGCAACGGUGAUUGUCUGGCGGCGGGGCGCCGCCCAUCCCGCCAGCUACCCUCCCAUCAGGAUGUGCAAGCUGCCACCGCAGAAACCCUGGGGGGUGGCACCGAUGAUGCAGCAACGGACACCUGCCACACUCAGGCCUGGGCCCAGUUUCGCAAUGAUGAUCCGGGUUGGGCGGCAGACUACUUUCCGGUCUGGCCAGGGCCUGCAUUCAAUGAACUUUCCGUCGUCCCCGUCGGACAUGAUCCUGCCCUUGUCACCAUUAUGCUUGUCUGGGGAGGUCACCAUCGGGCCACACUCACGCCUCGAACUAUGACGGUUGCGUGGCUGACUUCCUUUGUUGCCCGCCAUAUCAACAGUGAAGUUGGCGGGCUCUCACUUCCCCACGGUUUGGCGGUUUGCGAAUAUUUUGAUAUCCCGCCAGCCGCUUUUCGGUUUCGCAACGGGGACGUCGUUUAUAUCCAUGAUCCCCCAGCUGACCCUGAUGAGCCGUUAGAGUUUGUGGAGCCUUGGCACCUCCAAGACGGACUCGCGGCACACCACGCUCCAUGGGCUGUGGGGUUCCAGCUUAUGUUUCCGAUUUCGGUUCACUUGCUCCGUCCUGAGAAACCACCACUGCUCACGAGCAUUCCGGCUGGCGAAUCUUGGUGUCCUGAGGCAUUUUCAUUUUCGGGGGACUUUAGACACCAAUUUCCGGGCUUUUGGAUGCCGGUCCAGUGGACGAGUGCCCGUGCCCUGCAGCUUAUGGCGGUUAACGAGGUUGCCGCUAAGGUUAAUGUUGUAGCGGCUACUCCUGAAGGGCGGUUGUGCAGAUCGGUCGAUCGUGUUGCGUCUCGUGACAGCCUCGCUGCUCAGCUGAGGUUCUGCCCUGCGACGGUUCAGGUUGGUGGGGUCCCGUCAUAUGCCAUGGAGCAAGCUUGCGAACUCCGCAACGGGGAUGUGAUUUUCGGAGAAUUCGCUCGCGGUGCCUGUGCGACUGCCUCCUGUCGCCUAGGUUGGUGGUUGGGAACUGCAUUUGCUUUCUCACAGCUGCCCAUGGCACGCCAGUUCUUGCUUGUCCUUGCUGUUGGCCUCAUGCAUGGUGGCCAGUCUUCGAGCCUCGGGGCCGGUGCUCUGUUUUUCUUGCCGUCAGCGGCGGCCAUGAUUCAACGGGCACCUGCAGGCCCCUUGGCAACCCCGGCUAUCCCUGCUGCCACUGUUAACCGAGUCACCCUCACUUUGGCCAAUCCCUUUGCGCCCUGGCAACGCGUUGAAGUUGACCCCAGUAAUGCCUUUGAGGAUGUCAUCGCGGUGGCAGUCCGGCUUUUCCAGUCGGACCCUUCAGCGGGGCCACGUGAGACGCCCGUCUUCCUGACCUGGGGAGCUGCACAUGCCGCCUCAGCAUGGCAUUCUGACUUUAUUGUCGCUCACGCCUCCUGUGUGCUGCUGUGGUCACCCAGCCGACCCACUCGGGUCGCUCUCCUCCGACACCAAGCGCGGUGGAAUGCUGCAGAGGCCACCGUUUGCCAACACGAGGAGGCCUUGGGAGUCCACCGUUGGGCGCCCUGCCACGGUGUGUCGAGAUUGACAGAGGCGCUGCACAUGACCUUUACAUUCAAGGGUUUUCCCUCCGCCCCGCCUCCAGUCAGGCUACUGAGGAAGCCAGUGUACGCGACGGCGAUUGGUGGGUUCAUUCCCUUGCAGCUGGAUUGUUUGGCCGUCGGCUACCUGCGCUGGCCAGACUUCUGCUCCUUGUGUAUGGUUUCAGUGGGAUGCCGCCUCGGCGGAGUCGCUCCCGUGAUCGGGACAGCUCUCACCGCCAUUUUCCUGCGCGAGUCGAUUUCAGCAGUGGUGAACCUUAUGUCCUGCAGGCGGGGUGGCAGCCUGAUUGUACUGACGGUCAGCUUUGUUUUGCCCGCUGCUUUCCAGGUCCAAGGACCAUGGUCCCUGUUUGAAGCUGUUGGGUCCCGACACUGUGGUGCCUGGGCAACCCGCUUCUUCCCUGUCCGUGCGGCGUUUCCGUUCGCCCAAGUUACGCUUGCCCCGGUUGCUCCUUUCGGGAUGGCUAGUGUAGUCUUCCACACCCUUAGUGGCACAGCCGUUGCCUUAGCGUCGGUUGAUGCGUCGCUCGAGGACAUUCAGCGGUUGGCCGCCCGCCUCAUUCCCAGCACACGAUUUUGGGUUGUCAUUCCGCCUCCUUCCAUCCGCGCCGCUCACAUGCACACACACAUCCGCCUUCGCAACGGCGAUGCGUUUGGCUUUCUGCCUGACUCUACUCAACCCGGUUCUACACGGUUCCCUGCUCUGCACUACCCAUCCCUUGAUAGGGCGCGGCAGGUUGCCAGCUGGUCGUUGUCUUUCAGGUUCGACACAGGCGGCCCCGUCACCCUGUGGACAACCUCCAGCCGUUUUGGCCAGCUGGUGUAUGUACGCGACAAUGCGUAUUGGGAUCCUCUAGGCCCCACAUUUCGAAGCUUAGGUGGCGAGACCCUAACGGGCUCCUGGGUACCAGUCCUUACGGGUGACCUGUCGGACCUGCAUCUAAUGUCCCGCACCUCAAUUUCUGAAGCGCAUGUGCUCUUUCUCCUGCCGCCAGAGCCGACACCGGUGGGGGUCUUCCUAGCGGGCUGCAACACCCAUCGCAUCCCUUUGGGAUGGCAACUGUUACCUGCCAUUCGUUAUGUGCGUGCUGGUAGCACGUUGCGGGACGGGGACGUCUUGGUUAUUGCCCCGAAUGCUGAUCUUGUUUGGGACCCCUUCAGCACACAGCCUCCCAGUCUAGAUGAUGCUCAGCCGCAGCGUGCCCAGCACACCUGGCAUCAACCUCUGACCUCUGCCUCGCCUGGCUCCACGGUUCUGCUUGGCGCUCUCGCGGUUUCGGUUGGUCGCGCUCCCUGGUGGUUAGGGCUAGCCCUCGGGGUUGUGCUGGGGUCUAGCAUGGUGCCUUCUUACGAGCUCCUCGAUCCGCCCAUCCGAGUUGGGCUGUACCCAUGGCGCGCACGUCCAGGUGAAGGCGACCUUCUCGAUCUUUCGGCCCGACCUGAAUUGGAUAUUGUUUUGCUUAGUCCUUUCACAGGGCCUCGGGAGGCAGGUCGUCUGUAUACCUCCGCUUCCGUUACUGAGCUUAACACAUUGAUGCAGGCCUGUGAGCCGGCCUGGGGUGCCGACGUUGCGCCCGUCUGGCCGACAGCCGCCCUUCCAGCCUUGUUGGUCGUGCCGCGUCCCCCUGAUCCCAGCCUCGUGUGCCUGGCGGUGUCCUCUUUGGAUCGGCAUUUCUCUGUCUUGAUCCCCUGCUCCUCCACUCUGUCAUGGUUGGGGGAGGCUCUCCGUUUUCUUCAGCCAUUACAGGCGCUCUCCCUGCGGGCGCCUAGUUCCUUGGCCGCGUCGACGCCUCCUGACGGCGUUAUCAGAUGGCGUUCGGGUGAUCUUGUUGUUGCCCUGCCUCCGGCAGCCUUCGAGCCUACUUACCAGCCCCCGUGCUUCCACACUGAUGCGCAGGUUCGGCAUUGUGCUGUCUGGGCAGUCGAUUUUUCGGUCUCUGUCCGGACAAAUUUUAUACUUUGGCGCCCCGGGGUCCGUGCAAUCCGGGGACAUGCACCCGAAGGGGCCCAGUGGCGGGCCCUCGACUUUACGUUUGCUGGGGAAUUCUGUCAACACUAUCCUGGGCGCUGGGUGCCGGUACCAUGGAUUGCCCAAGACCAUGCCCAUUUAGUUGUGGUGUCCGAGGACCCGACAUACGUCAAUGUUGUCAUUGAAGCUGACGGUAAGUGCUGGUGUGCCCCAGUAACUGCAGCGACGGACGCCUGGCAGUUAUGGAAUGAUGUGCCCUCCAUCUCCACUCAGCCACGAGUCCUGGGUCUUUCACACCAGGAACUGCGCCAAGGCACUGUCCUUCGCAAUGGUGACGUUGUGUCAGAAGCUCCCCAGGGCGCCCUACCUUCAGGUGGCGUUCAGGCUCUCCUCGCUUUCUUUCUCUCUGUCCGCUUUCUACCAACUUUCCCGAGCUCCUUGGUUCUGAUUGCUGGCUUGUUUUUCGGCUGGCAUAAUGAGGCCGCCGGUGCACGUCACCUUACCCUCGCGGUUGGCCUCGCUGCCACCGGGCAGGGUCAUGUUGGGGCAGUUAGGAUGUCUGACACACCCUAUCCUGCAGGGGAAUGUCACCGCCUCUGGGAGCCCUCCGGCUCUGUGUCAGGGCCGUUCUUUGGUCCCGUUGAUCGUCCGCCUGAGGAGUUGCGUCAUGCCGCUGUUGCGUGGUCUGAUUUUACUCAAGUCCGGCCACCUCAAGAUCCUCGCAUAGUGGAUUGGGUGCCCGUCCCUUCGGAUCCUCUCUUCGUUGUUGUCCUGCUCCAGUGCCCGCCUGCGACUCGAGCCGCCAUCUUGCCAGCCACGUGUCACGCUGCAGACCUUACUCGAGCUUGUCGACGGUCGGUCCCUGAUUUAGCUUGUGUCUUGGCCUCGCCGGAAAUCUGGUGUGGCACUGCCACUUCCUAUACCCCAACUCUUUUCCUUCGGUCUGGGGACGUGCUGACCCUGGCAUGUGCCGGCUGGGCUCCACGUUUGCGCUCUCCCAGCGGCCGCUAUUGGGAUACCUUCUAUCAGGCCCGUAAAUUUGCCUUUUGGGGUAGCCCCUUUCAGAUCCGCCUGCCGGGCCUCUUGUUUGCGUGGUCGGCCGGUGAUCCUGUUCCCUUGACGGUUCAUACCGUUCAAAAUGAAGUGUGGGACCCGGAACACUGCACAUUCCGACCCUCUUUGGCCCGGUACAGUGUUGCCCGUUGGAUCCCGGCUGCCCGUUGUGAUCUGCUUGGCCUCCACCUUGUCCCGGAGAGCCUUAACCCGCAUCGUGCACAUGUUCUGCCCACGCAACCACCUCUUCGGUUGCUGGAGGUCUCCCGUUACAGCACACAAGGGGCAUCCUUUGGGGCUUUCCCCUUCAGUGACACCCUUGUCUUACCGGGUGUUGCUCAUGGUGCGAUGUCGUGGCCCGCUCUGCUCUUUGACAUCUAUGGGCGAGCUUGGGGGGCGGGUCAUCAUUAUGCCGGCCUGGCCGCUCAUUACUUGGCUAGGCACUUGCUGGUGAGCAUGCCUCCCACGCAAUCCAAUCUCGUUGCACCACCCAUUUCCGGCAUGUGCCCGGACAUGCCGGUGCCCUGGUUAAUGAGAUUGUCGAUGCCCUUGCCGGUUAUGGUGCAAUGCAUCCUUGGUAUGCUUCCCCUGGGUGGUGCCGGCUGCCUGGGACGUUCGGGACCACCCUUGCUCAAUGCGCACCGUUUCUCUGGCUACUUCCGUCCGCGCAGCUGGGCCCUGCUGGCCUCUUUUGGGAAUCCCCGGCGUGGGGGGCACCCAGGGCUUGUGCAAGCCAACAUUCAGACUAUUAAGGACGUCGCUGAAUCCUUCUUUAACCGGGAGGGUCAUGGGCAGCGUCGCAUCUACAUUGCUCAACAGCUCCAAUCCCUAGAUGUUCACGUUGCCUUCUUACAGGAGUGCCGUAGCCGGCCAGGACGCUGGUCCUCACAUGGUUUCCUCAGCUUCCGCUCCGGCGCAGAAAAGGGUAUGUUCGGCGUUGAGAUCUGGGUUAGACCUGAUGUUGUGUCACCCAAGCUCGAUCUCGAUGACUUUCGCAUCCGGUUUGCCAGUCCGCGGCUGCUGUUAGUACAAUGUCAACGUUCGGACUUUCCGGUGACCCUGGUCGCGGCUCAUGCACCGCACGCUGAACGCCCGGAACAUGAAAUUCGGCGCUUCUGGCAAGACCUGCGGGUCCAGCUUCUGCCAGCAUGUAAUCGGGGAGUCGUCCUGGCAGGCAUCGAUGCAAAUGCUGAUUUUGUGGGACGUGAUGAAGAAGAGGUUCUGGUCGGUGACUUACUGUCCCUCCGACCGGCUCGCUUGGCCGAUGACUUGCUUCUUGCCUGCCUGCAUGACACCUCUCUUGCUGCCCCUGGUACUUGGGCUGAAACCCAUUCCGGCCCUUCAUGGACCUGGCAGCAUACCGGCGGUAAGGUCCAACGGCUUGACCACCUGCUUGUCACUGGUGGUGUCGUUGUUCGUGGCCAUCGCCAGUUCCCUGAACUUGACAUCCUGAACGGGGAGGCGCGAGAUCACAUGCCCAUUACGGCAUGUGUCGAGAUAUGGGGGAAGACCGGACGCCGUGUUCAUCAAAGGUGUCCCUACCCACCCACAUGCGGUGACCUUGUCUCGCAGCAUGUUUGGGACACGCUUGCCCGCUCCGGUCCAGGAUCUGGCUCCACUAAAGUCCGUCAGUUAUGCACUGCGCACGAUGCAGCUGUCCGACUGCUACCGGCGAGACCUCCGUUGUGCCGGCGCCAACCCUACCUCUCAGAUACGGCUGCCGGUCUCCUUGACACCCUUCGUGAUGCCAGAGCUGAGUUACGUCGUCUCGCUUCUCUUCAGCGACAGCAGCUCUGUGCACUUGCCUUCCAUGCUUGGCACGGUCGGCCACCACCAGCUCCUGCCCGGCGCUGGGAACGCCACCAGGUGCAGAUGCUCGUGGCCCACUUUGCGCAUGUCUGCUUCAAACUGCGAGCUCAGGCUCAUGCCCAGGCCCGGAUUGACAAACAGGCCUAUUUUGAAUCCCUGCUAGUCGGAGCUAUCGAUCACUGGCAUGCCACGGGUCGCCCUCUUGAAGCUGUCUCCAAGCUUUCAUGGGCGUCCAAAGGAGCUAAGCAGAAGCGCGAUGUGCGGGCCGCCAGUGGCUUCAAUAUCGAUGCUGAACUGCAGUUACAGUUCCAACAACAAGAAGGAGGACGCCCCGUGUCGAGCGCGCAACUCAACAGCGCUUUUGCCAAAUGGGCUGACACUGCCCGCCCAGUUUGCCCGGCAGCGGUCCCUUCCCUUCUGGACGUUGAACACAUGUGCCGUUCCCAGAAGAGAGGCAAGGCCCCUGGGCCGGACCACAUCCGUAAUGAGGUCUGGAAAGCUUGCCCCGACAAAGCUGGACGAUGGUUAUGGCCGAUUUGGCUUCACCUCGCGUGGGGAGAGGCUGAGCCCCUUCAUUUCAAAGCCUCCAUUGUUGGAGCCCUUCAUAAGAAAGGCCCGGCCCACCUGCCCUCCAAUUUCAGAUCUAUUGCCAUGCUUAAUGGUGUUGCGAAACUUUGGCACUCUCAGUUGCGAGCUACGCUCGGUCAGGAAAUCAUUGCUCAUUACUUCCCCACACAGCUCGGCGGGCGGCGUGGGGUCGAUACUGGACUUGCGCUGGGCGUCUUUCGCUCGGCGGUUGACCUCGCCACUGUACGCCACCGAUCAUGGGCUGCCUUGUUUGUUGAUAUCCAAGCAGCUUACUAUGAGGCUGACCGUAUUCUGCUCUUUGAGGGGCGUGACCUCGAUGAAGCGUUGCAAGGGCUGCGCCUGCCGGAACACGUCCACGGACUCAUCCGAGAUGGGGUCCUCUCUGGUUUAGGUGUUCCGCCUGACCAGAUCGCCCUGCUCAGGGAUUGCGUUGAAUGCUCCUUCUGGAGGUUGGUCGGUCAGCCUCAGGCUAUUCUUGCCAGCCGUGGAUCUCGGCCGGGUGACGGUUUGGCCGAUGUUCUCUUUGGCGCGCUCUUUGCAGUCAUCCUUCAAUGCCUUCACCACGCACUCCGCGCUGAAGAUAUUGUGCAUGCAUCCACCUCAGAUGCGUUGGGGAACCCUGACACCGCGCUUCAAAUUGCUUGGGCAGAUGACCUUUGCCUGCUUGUCGAUUUCCUGCGGGCUACCUGGGCCGUCUCUAAACUCCAGCGCUUGUGCUCGAUUGUCUUGCAAGUCUUCGAGGCUUUUCGCUUUCGGGUGAACCUGGGAGCCGGUAAGACUGAGGCCCUAGUCCACCUCCAAGGACCGGGGGCUAAUGAGGCCAGGAAGGAACUCCUGUCGCCCGUUCCUCAGCUCCACCUCACUGAUGGGCGGUGCAUUCGGGUUGUACCCGAGUAUAAGUACCUCGGGGUUGCGCAACGUUGCCGGGAUACCGGCCGCCGUGACAUCGAAGCCGCAGCAUCCCGAGGCAACGCCAUUUGGACCCAGUCUGCUGGCCUCGUGCAUUCUGACCAUCUACCUUGGGUCCUGAAACUUGUGUGGCUCCAGGGGCGUACACUCCCCGCGGCCUACUCAUCCCUCGCCACUACGCUUGCGCAUUGUGAGCGAGUGUGGGGGCCUCUUCAAGGUUUCCUUGAUAAGUGCCUGCGCCAACUUGUCGGCGCCUGGGACGCCGGCCACCAUGUUGCCUCCGCUCAACUGCGGGCGUGUACGGGAGUGCUUGAUGUCGAGUGUGCCACUCUCAUUGCUAGAGUCCGUCUUCUCUGUCGCAUUGUGUCAGGCCGUUCGGCCGAGGUUUUUGACCUCUUUCAAGCCAGUUGGGAUCGCGGUGGAGAGUGGUCCUCACUCCUUGCUGACGCCGUCCGCAAGGUCUGGCCUGCUUGUGGCCUUCCAGACCUACGUACUGGGGAGCCUACCUUGGAAGGGAUCCGCCGGCAUUCCAAAGCCAUUUUGGCUGCAUGUCGCAAGAUCAGCCGUUCUGGGACGAUGCUCCUUGCGCUCCACCGCGCUUGGAAUAGCCGUCAGACCCCUUCUCCCAAGAAGAUCAUCGGGGUUGCGGCCCCACAUGUUUGCCCCGAGUGUGGGGUGACCCUGCCCUCGGCCCAUGCUCUUGCGGCACACCUUCACCGUCUGCACGGGCGUGUCGCACUCUGUACCCAGUAUACACUUGGCACCGUGUGCCUCUGGUGCCUCAUUGAAUUUCAUAACGCCGCGCGCCUCCGCUAUCACUUGCUCAACUCGCCUGCGUGUGAGCAUGGCUUACGCUGUUGUGUCGGGCCCGUCUAUGUGUAUGGGUCCGGCACCAAGCGUCGCGGCCAGCAAGGGCAUGCUCGGGCGCCGGUUUUUCGUCUUACUGGGCCAUGUAAUGCCACUCCAUCCCAGCGACGGGCUGCCGAAGAAGACAGAAACUGCACUGCAGAGGAGCUUGCUGCUGAGCUCCAUGCCUUGGCGCCUGGCCCUGGAUUUGCUGAAGGCGCAAGGUCUUCACCUGUUGUCCCUUUCCGUCGGGCUACCGAUCCGGCUGAGGGAACCCCUGUCCCUCCUACCGGUUGUGCACCAGUCGCUGUUGGCUUCCCUGCGGUUGCACAUGCUGCCUUCGAUGGUGUGAAACCCCCUAUUGAGGCAUCCUCGCCUCUCUCGCCUCUCUCCCCGCAUCCUCCCCCUCUUGCGGUGCCGGCUCAGGUUUCUGCUUGUCUACUCUCGGCCUUUUUCUUCGAUGAGUUUCCUGACGAUUGCGAACUUCGAGUCCCGUCCUGUCGCUGGUCUGGUCUUGCGCCAGGUCUCUGGUGUCUUCCUUGCAGUUGGAAUUGGUGUUGGCGCCUCUUUUGCGCUUUCGACAUGCGUCACCCUUGGUCUGGUGAUGUGUGGCGCCUGUCGGCCUUUCUUCGUCGUGAGGAGCGCCCCUCUGCCCUUCCACGGCUACGUGGCCCUUCUGGAUUUGGCCAAGCUGCAGCAAGUCGCAUCCUUUUUCUGCGUCGGAUGUUGACUUUCCUUCAUCUCAUUCGCCAGCUUCAGCUCGGCGCUGUUCUUUGGAGCGCUCAGCCCCUCCCCGGUGCCUUUUGGGAAUUGCUGGGCCGUGUUGCCCCUGCUGCGGUCGGCGCUUCGGCGGUCUCCGUGCUCGGCUUUGGUUCGGUUGUCAGCUUGCCUGGGGUCGUCCCCUCGGCGCUUGCUGCCCUCUCUGCCGGCUGCCUCGCUACCGCUCUGCCGCGUCGCCUCGCCUUUCCGCAUCAGCUCCUUUCGGCGGGCUGA